AUGGCUUCAUCGACAUCGAGAACUAGGAGCAGUUCUCCCUUUGGAAACCAAAGACCACCAAGUCCCUCUUCUUCGACUUCUUCGUCUCAUCUUAGCAACCGUCUCAUUCCGCGGUCCUGCUCCACCUCUGCUUCUUCAUUUGUUAACUCCGGCGGUGGAAUCGGCUCCCGAUCUAUGACGCCUAGUCGCACCUUCUCCGACUCCGGUUUCAUCGGCUCCGGGAGCUUUGGAACUGGAUCGCCUGUCCCCUACCCAUCAGAGGAGCUUCUCGGUGAGCCAAUGGAGGAGACUAUUAGCUCUGAGCGGGAUAGUAUUUCCGUCACCGUUCGUUUUCGACCAUUGAGUGAUAGAGAGUAUCAAAGAGGAGACGAAGUUGCUUGGUACCCUGAUGGCGAUACAAUGGUCAGGCACGAGUACAAUCCACUCACAGCUUACGCAUUCGAUAAAGUUUUUGGACCACAGGCUACUACUAUAGACGUAUAUGACGUAGCUGCAAGGCCAGUAGUCAAGGCGGCAAUGGAAGGUGUUAACGGAACCGUUUUUGCGUAUGGUGUUACAAGCAGUGGAAAGACCCAUACAAUGCAUGGUGAUCAAGAAUCUCCCGGGAUCAUACCGCUAGCAAUAAAAGACGUCUUCAGUAUCAUUCAGGAUACUCCAGGAAGGGAGUUCCUGCUCCGUGUUUCAUAUCUUGAAAUAUACAAUGAGGUGAUAAAUGAUUUACUGGAUCCAACGGGCCAAAACUUACGAGUUAGAGAGGAUUCCCAGGGCACUUAUGUCGAGGGUAUCAAGGAAGAAGUUGUUUUGUCUCCUGGUCACGCACUAUCUUUCAUUGCAGCUGGAGAAGAACAUCGCCACGUUGGUUCAAAUAAUUUCAACUUGAUGAGCAGCAGAAGUCACACUUUAUUUACACUGAUGAUUGAAAGUAGUGCUACUGGAGAUGAAUAUGAUGGAGUUAUUUUUUCUCAACUCAAUUUGAUUGACUUGGCUGGAUCUGAGAGUUCCAAAACUGAAACAACUGGAUUGAGGAGGAAAGAGGGUUCAUACAUCAACAAGAGUCUUCUAACUCUUGGAACUGUGAUUGGAAAACUUAGCGAGGGUAAGGCAACUCACAUUCCAUAUCGUGACUCUAAGCUUACUCGUCUUCUGCAAUCAUCAUUAAGUGGUCAUGGGCAUGUUUCGCUCAUAUGUACAAUAACUCCCGCGUCAAGCAGUAGUGAGGAAACUCACAAUACACUGAAAUUCGCCAGCAGAGCAAAGAGUAUAGAAAUAUAUGCUUCACGCAAUCAGAUCAUAGAUGAGAAGUCACUAAUUAAGAAAUAUCAAAGAGAAAUAUCAGUUCUUAAACUAGAACUUGAUCAGCUAAGAAGGGGUAUGCUUGUUGGUGUCAGUCACGAAGAGUUAAUGAGCUUAAAGCAACAGUUAGAAGAAGGUCAAGUGAAAAUGCAAUCAAGAUUAGAGGAAGAAGAAGAAGCCAAAGCAGCUUUAAUGAGCAGAAUCCAAAAGCUUACCAAGCUCAUACUCGUCUCUACCAAGAAUUCCAUUCCUGGAUAUUUGGGUGAUGUACCCACUCAUCAGCGCAGUCUCUCUCAGGGCAAAGAUGAUAAAUUGGAUUCUCUGCUUUUGGAUAAUGAUAAUCUGGGAUCUCCAUCUUCGACCUUGGCUCUUGUAUCAGAUGCUUCUUUACGUUUUAACCACCGGAGAUCUUCCAGCAGGUUAAAUGACGAAAACUCACCGGGUGCAGAAUCUCAAGGUGUCAUGUCGCCGGAUGAAAUUGACCUUUUGGUUGAACAAGUUAAGAUGCUUGCUGGGGAGAUAGCUUUCAGUAGCAGCACACUAAAACGUUUGGUGGAUCAGUCCGUAAAUGAUCCGGAAAACUCACAAACUCAGAUACAGAAUCUAGAACGCGAGAUUCAAGAAAAGCAAAGACAAAUGAGGGCCAUUGAACAGCUCAUAAUUGAGAGUGGUGAAGCUUCAAUUGCCAACGCAUCAUUGGUUGAGAUGCAACAGAAAGUAAUGAGUUUGAUGACCCAGUGCAAUGAGAAGAGCUUUGAGCUUGAGAUUAAAUCAGCAGAUAAUUGCAUUCUCCAAGAACAACUACAGAAAAAGUGCACCGAGAACAAAGAACUACAUGAAAAGGUGAACCUUCUAGAGCAACGUUUGAAUGCAGUAUCUAGUGAGAAAUCCUCUUCAGCUUGUUCCGAUAGCACGGUACAUGCAGACGAACUAAAAAAGAAAAUACAGUCGCAGGAAAUUGAGAACGAAAAGUUGAAGCUGGAACACGUACAGAUCGUGGAAGAGAACAGUGGGUUACGAGUACAAAACGUAAAACUAGCUGAAGAAGCUUCAUAUGCUAAGGAGUUAGCCUCUGCUGCUGCUGUUGAGCUGAAAAAUCUGGCUAGCGAAGUAACAAAAUUCUCACUACAAAACGCAAAGCUAGACAAAGAAUUAGCAGCUGCAAGAGACUUGGCUCAGACGCGUAACCCCAUGAACGGAGUUAAUAAUCGCAAGUAUAACGACGGGGCAAGGUCAGGAAGAAAGGGACGGAUCUCUUCAGGUAGGGCAAACGGAGAUGAGUUUGACCCAUGGAAUCUCGACCCGGAAGAUAUGAGAAUGGAGUUGCAAGCAAGGAAGCAGCGGGAGGCAGCUCUUGAGUCUGCUCUGGCAGAGAAAGAGUUCAUAGAAGACCAAUACAGGAAAAAAGCAGAAGAGGCAAAGAGAAGAGAGGAAGCUUUAGAAAACGAUUUGGCAAACAUGUGGGUACUUGUUGCCAAGUUGAAGAAAGACAACGGUGCAUUGUCUGAAGCCAAUGUCACGGCCACUGCCACUGACCCUGCAAGAGAAUUAGAGAAGAAUGAAAACAACAUGGUUCUGAAAGAGAGGCAAGUCUCGAUUGCUCCGAGACGACCUGAAGUAGUAGUGGUAGCUAAAACCGAAGAGACACCAAAGGAGGAACCUCUCGUUGCUCGUCUCAAGGCUAGAAUGCAAGAGAUGAAGGAGAAAGAGAUGAAAUCGCAAGCCAAUGGAGACACAAACUCUCACAUUUGUAAAGUAUGUUUCGAGUCUCCCACCGCCGCAAUUCUACUCCCUUGCCGUCAUUUCUGCUUAUGUAAAUCUUGUUCGCUCGCUUGCUCUGAAUGCCCUAUUUGCCGCACAAAAAUCUCUGAUCGGCUCUUUGCAUUUCCCUCUUGA